AUCACAGACAUGGAGCAGCAGAGUGCCAUAGGGCUAGUACUGAAGGGAUCAAGACUUGGAAGGAAGGGCAAACUCUCUCUUGUCCUGGUUCUUUGUGAUGAGCAGUGUAUAUGUUUGAUGUGCUGGCGGUUCCAUCCCUCUUCACUAGGAAGUUCAUAGACAUUCUACAAGCUACUAAUAUUACCAAGGUGAUCCAUGACUGUAGAUUUGUGUCAGAUCUUCUCUAUCACCACUAUGGCAUAGAACUGAACAGUGUGUUUGAUACACAGGUAGGAGACAUACUAAUCAAGAGAAGACAGUAUAUGGGGGAUUUCCCCCGGAAUGUUAGUGGAACAACACAGUGCAUCCUAGAGUACCUUGAAAUCAGUAUCCAUGACAUUGCUUUGCACCUAGAGAACACACAACGUAUUGAAGAAGACGAAUCAUCUUGGUUCCAGCGCCCUCUCUCUAAAGUGAACAUCCGUUGCGCUCUCUUGGAUACUGUAUACCUGCUGCGUCUAAGGGAGGCUAUCACUGAACAACUCAUGGCAGAAGUCACCUGUGGUAUUGACAUCUAUCUGACGAUCGAACGUGAUAGGCUGGAAGUAGACCCAAAGAAGUUAUCUUCCAGAGCUUCCUAUGUUCCUAGAGAGUUGAUCAAUGAUCUUCAUCGCAGGGUCACUCAGAUGGGAAUGUCUAGCACCAGGGUCAAACCCAAAGAGCUGUCUUUCCCUCCACCUUCAUUAGCCAACCCCGGUCAAGAGCAAGGUCAGCCCCCUCCCAAGGGCCCAUCAGGUAGGGGCAUAUCCCUGGAUGCUUCUAGGGGAUUUCAGAAGACAUCUCCAGGAAGGUCAGCCAAACCUUCUAAUCAUGAGCCCCCUAGACCACCGCUGAUGAUGGGUGUGACACAGACAGAGGAAGAAGAAGAGAGCAAUGAAGAAGUGUCGAGUGUGAGCUCUGAUGACUCUGAUGAAGCUUUUGCAGACAGUACUGAGAAGGAGCUUUGGCAACAGAGGUAUUCUAAGAACAUCAAGUCUGUGACUCUGAAAGAAGCUUUGACUGCCAAAGAAGAGAGUGAUGAUAUGCUUCCAGGGUAUCAAGGUGCAACAGGUUCCAUCCUUGAUCAUCAGAGACUUAUACAUCAGCAACCAAAGAGCUGUACAGCUAAACAUACAGUGCCUUCCAGAACAGUUCCAGACAGCACAAGUGUUUCUGGUCCAAAUUGGAUGAAUGAGACUGAUAAGCCAACACACAAAUUCUCCACAGAGCACAGUUUAAGAUUGACCCAGGGCCGUUUUAGAUCUGCUGAUAUGACUGAUCAUUCGUACUCACAGGGACCAGGUUCUGUAGCGCCACCCAAACUAUCAGAUCUUCAGCAAGGUUCCGCCGUAUCAAAAAGGUUAACCAACAUGCAACAUCCAGAUGCACCCCAGAGGCAUCCUAGCCACGAUCAGGGCACGGUCUCAGGACAGGCAUCUUAUGCUGAUGCCUUAUCAGGCAAGAAGAAAGAAGAAGAAGAAGAGCUGAAGGUGAAAGCUAAGAGGACAUUGAAGGCUAUAGGGAAGGCUCUGGCAGCAGGGGAGAACUUCAGUGAAGAUGUUGAGGAGGAUAAAGAUGAUGGUGCCUCUCGAGUUGAUCCACACAACGGAUUCGAUGGAUACUCAUCCUAUGGUCAAGGGUAUUCUGGAUUCAACUGUCGGAACAAGAAUGUAUCAGAGAAGGCCAGUUCAGAUCAGGGUUCAGUCCGUGCCACGUCAGGAAGGGGCAGAGCAUCUCUCUUCAACCAACAAUCCCAGGUCUUGAAUGCAAGACAAUCACAGUUACAGAAUCGAGCACCAGGAGGGUUGGGAAUGAGACGUCACACUGGAUUUCGCACCGUUCAAGUUGAUUUCCCCACUGAAGAAGAGAUAGAGUCUGCUCCAGACAGUGUACCCAUUGCAGUUGGCAGUUCCUUCUUAUCACAGAGAGCAAUAUAGUCACUCAGAUAACACUUAAAGCCUGUCUGUACUAGUUUGCCCAGGAGGGAUGAGACCAUACAGCGUGGUCACUGACAGAUGGCUAUCUCAUCAACUCAGCUCUCAAUUAACUUAAGAAAAAGAGGAUCA